AGGUUUACGGCUGGAUUCUGGCUUGAAAGCAGUGAAAAUGUGGCCAUAUGAGGUUACAAGAGAUUUUGCUGAGUUUUGCAUUCACAUGUUUAUGCCACUUAAUCAGCCUGCCAUGCAAGAACUGAUGCUUUGAAGUGCUGGUGCUUAGAAAAUGGAUGUCUCCCCAAAGUCAGGAGAAACUCUGAUCGUGUGCCACAUCCAUGGCCAGUCUUUUGGGUGGCACCUAUAUAACUCUGUACAGACAUCCAAACAGCCACGCACUUUGAAUCUAACCCACAGUAUAUCCCUGCCUGAGAGGGGAGAUCUGCCGAGGGAAGCACUUGACUAUGGCAGUCUAAGCCACACAAGCAAGUUAAGUUCAACAGAAGCAGAGGACAAAAAGAGGACUGAAAAUUCUAGAGGAUAUGAAUCGUCCCCAAUGCUUCGUGCUCUGUCAGAGAACUCUCCAUCGACCAGUCCUCAACUGAAAAAAGAGCCAUCGCUUUGCAGAGGUACUCCCAAAUGGCAAAACCUCUUCAUUCCUGAAUCAGAAGUUAAUGAGGAUGAAGAGGACGAGGACUCGGAUGGAGACAACUUGCACAAGUACCAUGAGGGGUCAUCCCUUCAACUACAAGGAAAUGUGACUCAAAGUAAUACGAAUCCUUUUAGCCAAGUUAAAGAAAACAAAGAACAAGAGAGGGAGUUUGAUACAGGUUGCGGGGAUUGCAGGGAUAGCAGAGCAACCCCUGUAUUAAUGGACUGUGAUGAACAGGAUUGGGGUGAUGAGGGAGACUUCAGUAACCAUACUCUCGAGGAACCUGAUAAUAGCUGGGCUCCAACGGAAAACCUUAUCGAAUCCAUUACUCAAAACCAAACAGACUAUAUCACUGACUCUUCCUGUAACAGCUCAGAUGGAGUACUAGUUAACUUCAGUGCCAUCUACCACAAAACCAACAACGUAGUUCCUGCAACUCCACUAAAUCUAGAUAGUCCUGGAUCUGGUACAGUGUUUCAGGACAGCUCAAACCCUUUGCCCAGCUGGUCAUCUCACAGCACUGAUCUAAACUGCAACAUCUACCCAUUCAACUCUGAUGGCUUCCCAUCAAUGGAAAUUUCUGACCUCACUAUGUGUCUGAAGAGUCAGGCACGGUUAGCAGGUUCCACUCAGAAUUACUAUAAACUGGUGACGUGUGACCUAUCAUCCCAAUCUUCACCUAGCCCAUCUUGGUCCUCUUUGACUAGUUUCUCUGAGACUCAAAGCCAGAGAAGCUGUUCUCCAUCUUCCGAAUAUUUCCUAUUCGGACAUUCAGAGGAAGAGGAAAGGGAGAAGCCAAAGGUUUUCCAAACUGAACACAAGAAACAGGAUGAUUCAGAGAUGGCAGCAAAGUUCCUGAGUGCUGACAAUAGUAGUCAAUCCAAUCCAGAAGGUACAUGUGCUUCAUUCUCAGAUGUUGUGCGGUACACAAAAGCACAAAGGCCCACCUCUCUCCCCAUCCAGCCCUUUGUGCUUCAGGCACCCUCAGGAAAACAACAGACCAAAGCACUUGGUUCCCUUCUUAAUCAGUACAUUAGCUACAAGUACAGCAGGCCUGGGCCAUCCAAAGCUACUUGCAAAAGCAAGGCAUAUCCACAUCAUAAGCAACCCUCACCUCUCAGGAGUUCCUCUAACAUCCACCUGGAGGCAGCGAUCAGUUCAGACACUUGUUCCACCUGCACAUCAAGUCCUAUUUUGCCCCUUAACCCCGUCCAGUGUACCCAGCACUGCACACUAUUGGGGCUCAUUCACCAGGACAGAAAUCCACAUAUGAGUCCAAAUAUUAGACCAAGAAGCCCUCAAAGCCCAGAGCAAACAGAUGGGAGUCCAAAUGCCUGCUUAAGACAAACACAGUUAAGCCAAAAACAUUCUUGGUAUGGAAAACAAGAUCCUCAGAACUGUCCACUAGAGCAGGUUCCCAUUGUUCAGCCUCAAACUCCACCAGUAAUCAAAGAGGAGACUACAGGUCCUUUGGAUGCAUCCUUCCCUUUACAUCAAAACCCCUCCCCUGCAAUUACCUCAGUCACCUCCUUGACCUCUAUCACCUCCCUCAUCUCUCUACCAGGCUCUGGACAGAAAGCCCUUUGGCCUUUUGAAGCUUCAUCAAAGGUCUGCACCAAUGAAGAACUUAACACCAACGCUCAACACAUCUUUAGAUCAAGGAGGUCACCUUGUGUUAUGAGGGAACGUCAACAUGGUGACUCAUUCUUCAUGACUGACAGACCCCCUGAAGAGUUCUGCCUCUCCCCAGAAGCCCCUUCAGAUCUUCUUUCAAUUGAUCUUCUGCACAAGAGAAGUAUGUUGAAAGCUGUGAGUUUGCCAGUGGAUCUCAUAAUGGCUCAUUUCAACUCAAGACGAGACCCAGAAGAAAAGAUCAGACUGGGAAAUAGUUUACUGUGCACCACUAUGAGCUACCUUGUCCUUAAAAAGCUCUGCCCUGCAAUCCAGAACAUCCUUCAAGACGGAUUGAAAGCCUAUCAAUUGGACUUGAUUAUUGGACAACGACGCAACAAACUAUGGAACGUCGUAGAGGCCACUGCACGACCAGGCUCGUCUACCCGACUGUCUGACAGCUUGGUGUCUGUAGUAAAAAAAUGUUCCCAGUUACCAAGUCGCAUGCGGCUCAGUGUCUUUAUCAUAGAUCUGCUAAACUUGCAUGCUUUGGAAUUCUGGAUCCGUCAUUUAUACACAUGCGUUGAUGUUGUGACAGAACACUAUCACCAAUGGGGUUUCUUGGCUCUGGCCCAGGGGCCAACUUAUAGACCACUGUUCCAAGAGCUGCUUCUUUUGCUGCAGCCACUCUCUCUGCUGCCAUUUGACCUCCAUCUUCCAUCCGAACCUCACCUUCAAAGUAAUGAAAAGCAAACGAACAGAGCACCCCUGCCUCAAUGGCUUCUUGGCCAGUCAGCUCAGAUCCUGGAGAUGAGCUCGAUCCAGAAGAACAGCAGGAGUCCAACAGGUCACAGUGAUGCCUUCAGUAAAAGGGUAACUGAUGGAUUUUGGCUCAAUCAGACACCCAUCUCAGAGUGUGAAACACAGAAGAAAGAGGAUGAAGCAACCAGAAUGGAAAACAGUGAGAUGUCACAAUCUUCAUCAAGUCCUCUAGAGGACAAACACUUUAGUGAGCUGCGUUGGGCCAGGCUCUUCGGCUCUAGAGUUGGAACACCAAUUGGCCCACAGAAGGCACAAAAAAACAUGAGUGGACCUCUGAGAAGUAGGCGGCCCUCAGAAUGGCUGAAGCUUGGUGCAUCCAAAGUGGAUCUGCUUGCGCAUUCAGUAUGGACAGGGAAAUUGCCAGAGGCUCAUCUGAAUGGUAACCAUGACGGAGAUACACCAAAUAAAGAUGAAAUAUUAACUCUAAAGAGCCAGCAAAGAGUCUGAUUUUAGCUAGACAGAGUAAAGCACAAUUAAUCCAAAAUAAACUUUACAUAGCCAACCGACUCAUACUGUACAAUCCAAUACAAGUGCACCAUAUCUGUUCCCGGAUGGAAUGCUGCCUUAGUGAUUUACCAAUCAGGACAAGUUGUAUUAUAACUUGGUCUUUAAAAGGUAACAAAAUAUUCACUAGCUUUAAGCAUCAAUGAUGAUGAAAUAAUUUUUUUUAGUUUAAAUGUAUAACACAUAGUACAAUGCAGAGUAUAACAUGAAUGGAUAUUGUCUGCCAGCAAUCAAGCACAAAACUGGAACCGAGGUCCCAAGAUGUCUUUUCCGACCAAACUCUGCACUUUAUCUCUGUCUCAGGUCAUUAGCUGUCAUGUAAAUCUAGUCAUAUAAUUUCUGCUGUUGUUGAACUAGUUGGCAUUAUAAACAAAAUACUUUUCCUCAUAGUCUGUUUGAAAUAGUUUCUGUAACUUAGCCAUGUCCAUGCAUGAUAAAGAAGCAUUAAUGUCUAUGCAUGACAAACUAAUAGUUUUCCUUUUCAGUAUUCUGUGAAUUACAACGGCUGGUUUUAUUGCAUUUUUGCAUGAUGAAAUCAAUUAGAUAGCUACUUUCUUUAAUAAAGAUGCAUGCUAAGUAUCUAUAUAUUAUUGUUUCAACAGCAGGACUAGUUCAGUAGUGAUAUUUGUUGAUGACAUUUGCCCAAGCAUGACCCCUGAUGUUUUUGACAGAAAGACGGACAAGAGCUCAUUGAAGAUGAUGGUUUGAUUAUGAGUGAGUUUUAACGGCAGUGGUUUUUCUAUUUCCUGAUAUUAAAGUUGUGCCUAAUUGGAAACUUGUGAUGAUAAAGAUUUGUUGAGUCCUUAAUGUUUGUAUUGUGUGCUUUUGUGUAUGUGUGUGCAAGAAGAAGGUUAUAAAAAGCAUGUCUUUUGAAAAAAUAGAUUUCUUUUAGUUGACUUGUCAGUGAUCACACCAAUUCCUUUCAAAAUUCCACUU